UGCAGCAAAUGUCUAUAGCCAGAUAUCACAGAGAUUGGUGGAAGAUGGGCUGCAGCCCGAGUCCAGCGAUGUGGAGAAGUUGUUGUUCUUGUGGAAGAGUUACUUACAUUUGGAGGAGGAGCUGCAAGAAGCCAGGUCACUUCAGGAUAAGCUGAAGGAAACCCAGGCUGAGGAGAUGAAAGAAGUAGAGAACUAUGUGGAACACAUCCGUCAGUUGUCUGAUGAAAGAGAGGCUCUCAUACAUGAGUUGGAGACUGAGAAUGAGGCUUUGAAGCUUCAAGUGAUCAGUCUGGAGCAUGAGGGCAAUGCUCAAGCCGAAAUUACAGAGAUGCUGACGGAACAAGGUCUAGCAGAAAUCUCACAUGCCAUGCAAAGUGAACAGAUUGCUUACCUCCUGAUGGAGAGAGCUCGUCUUCUGCAUGAGGUUGAGGAGCAUAAGAAUGACAUCUGCAGUGACACAGCAAACAGCGGAGGACACCCCUCUGAAGAGGAGUUUAAGAGCAUCUUAGAAAAGGAGAGAAAAGAGUUUGAAGAGGAACUGAAGCAACAAAGAGACAGUGCUAAGAUGAUAAGCGAACAGCUGAAGCAUGAGCACGAGGAAGAAAUCACAGCCUUAAUGGAUGAAAACAGUAAAUUAGAAGAGGAUUUACAAAAGACAGAAAUGAUGGUCUCCCAACUGAAAGCAGAACUCAGUAAAUAUACAGAAGGAGAGAGCAUGGCCGCCCAUCUCAACCCGUCACUGAAAACUAACAGUGAAGAAGAGAGAAGAAAACAGCUGGUUCACGAACGCAAUGAACUGGACAAGGAACAAGAAGAGCUGGAGAAAGAUAUGGAGGAAAUAGAGAAAGAUCGUGCAGAUUUUCAAGUAGAAAGAAAGCAGUUUGAACAAGAGAAGGUUGUGUUUGAGUUGAAGAA